CCCAGCAGCCAUCCUGUGUGCCUGGAGGAACAUGGGGGUGUGGCAGUGAGAAGCCCAGCUCUUGCAGCAGAGCGGACUCCUGGGGAGGAAGAGGAGGAGGAAGGGAGGUGCCAGGAUUGUACAUCCUGCUGGGAACGGGUGGUAAACCCCAGGAUGCUGCAGGAGAGUCCCCUCGGCAGCCCAGGGAGAGGAACCUGCUCUGCCUCCCUGCGAUGAGCUCACCUGCAGCCCAAGGUGCUGGGAUUCCCAUGAUGAUCCCCGGUGGCUGCAGCCUGGAGCUUGGUUCCCAGCUUGGGGUGGUUGGGAAGGUCUCACCAGCUGCCCUGGGAUAGCAGGUACAGAGCACAGCUUGCCCCUGGCAUAGGGCAGAGGAAGCUGGAGGAAGAACCAGGUCCAUGCAGCAGAACUCCCCCAAACGCUCUCGGCUGUUCCAAGUACCACCUCAGCCUCCUGGCAUUUGAUAUCGGUGGCUGGACCAGCCAACAACCUGAGCACCAGAGCAGCCCUGCCUCCUCCUGUCCCGAUGUUUCUCUUUCCCUUCCUUGUGGCUUUCUGCACUGUUUUUCCCCCUCUGCAAUCUUAUGUCUUUCUUUUCCCACUUCCGUAGCUACAGACACCCACAUGCAUUAUCUCCUUCCCCCGUCCCAUCCUGAAACCUAUUUAUACAGAGCCUGGCUCCUGCCCAGCCCGCCAGAGAGCACUGGAGGAGUGGGACAGGGCUGGCAGUGCCCGCAGCCCAACAUGCUCUUGUUUGAACACCGGCUGGCUGAAAGAGGAUGCUUGCUGCUCUGGUUGCUCCCAUCCGUUCUCAGAGCCCAGUCUAGCGGGGAGGUGAGGCUCAGACCCACACUGUGCCAGCAGAGCCCCACAAAGGUGUCUUGCAAAGGAGUUGGCCUGCACAAGCUUCCAAAGGAGCUUGGCCAAGGGGUGAAGUACCUCGAGCUCUCCAACAACUUCAUCCAAAACCUGUCAGGCAGCUCCAUGCCGGGGUUUGAGCAGCUCGAGUACCUGGACCUGUGCUUCAACCAGCUGGAAGCCGUGUCAGCCACAGCCCUGGCUCAGCUGCCCCAGCUGCGCUCUCUGCUCCUGGGAUCAAACCACCUCGACCGCAAUUACCUCGCCAAUGGACAAGCCUUUCGUCUGCUCAGGAGUAUCGAGGUCCUGGACCUGUCGGCAAACAACCUGGACGGCCACAUGGCAGGCUGGUACAUCCGCAACCUCACCAGGCUGAGGGUGCUGGACCUCUCCAGGAACAAGAUGACCAGGCUGCUGGCGGGGAUCUUCUGGAGCACGCCACGGCUGCGUGAGCUCCACCUCAGCAAUAACUACAUCAUGGAAAUAGAGGAGGGAGUCUUUGAGGCUCUGGAAGAGCUGGAGGUGGUGAACUUGGCUUUGAAUUCCCUCCACUGUAUCUCUGGCUUCAGCCUCACGCAGCUGCGAGUUUUAAAUCUCAGCCACAAUGCUCUGGAGCUGUUUGCCUCGGAGGAGGGAGCGGAGCCCUACCUGCUUCAAGUGCUCGACUUGAGCCAUAACAGACUGCUCUACUUUCCAGAGCUCCCCAAAGUCCAUUAUCUCACACACUUAAACCUCUCCAACAACCUUAUUGCUUCCCUGCUCCCAGGCUCACGCCACCCGGGGGAGUUUGUACUGCACUACAAGGAGAUGGCGAGGUUUAACAGGACCUUGCACACUGUGUCUGCUCUGACCCACGUGGCUGACUUGGAUCUCAGCAAUAACCAGCUGCAGCUCUUCCCAUUUGCCUUCUUCCACAGCCUGGGCUCUCUGCAUCGCCUCAGCCUGGCUAUGAACUGCCUCCAGGAUGUGGCCAGGGAGUCACUCACCAGCAACAUGGAGCCCAGCGACCACUCACCAGCACCACUGGAGCACACUGCCCUGUCCGUGCGCUCGCUGGACCUCCAUGGCAAUGCCUUCUGCAUGCUGCCACCCUGGUUCUUUGGUUCUCUGCCUCAGCUGGAAACGAUCAACCUGGGCUCCAACAGCCUCCAGCCUUGUGAGAGCCAGGGGGGGAGUUCAGGAGGCACCUGCACCCCCUUCUACAACCUGCCCCGCUUGAAGCAUCUGAGUCUUUACAAGAACAACAUCACCAGGCUGCAGCCCCAUGCCUUCAACCAGACCUCACUACUCUCCCUAGACCUGUCGGGGAACAAGGACUUGUUCAUGCCUAAGGAAGCCCUGGCGGGGUUGGAGCUCUCCCUGCAGAAACUCUCUCUCAGGGACAACCAGAUGGACGAUGGCAAGGCAGAGCUCCCCUGCCUGGGCAAGCUCAAAGUCUUGGACCUCUCAGGCAACAACCUGAGCCUUUUGCCCGCAGGUCUUUCCUGCUCCCCUCUGGAAAGCCUGGACGUUCGCAAUAACCGGCUGCUGACAUUGGAAAAGCUGGCGCUCAUGAGCUGGUCCCGCAGCCUGAAGGACAUGUUCGUCGCUGGAAACCCCUUCAGCUGCUGCUCGCUGGCCUGGCUGGACACACUGUGGGCUGCUGGUGUGGGUGUGCUGGACCAGGAUGAAGCCCUCUGCACCUACCAGGACGAGAGCAGGAACUUCUCAGCCAAGAUAGCCAGCAGCCCUCGGUGGCUUUGUCCGCACCCCAAGGACAUGGGCUUGCUGGCUCUGCUCGUGGUCGUGAUGAGCCUUUUCUUUCUCAGCUGCGGGGCUUGCUGCCUUCUGAAGAAAGGGCAGAAGUCGCCAGGGUUUGUAGGACUCCAGAGCAACAGCGUGGGGGUCUUCCCCCACCAUCCCAAAAGAGAGGAGCCAGGCGAGGCAAAGCCAGCAGACAGUGUCACCAAAGUGUAGCCCAGCCCUGGGGAGCAGGAACUGUUGCAGUCGGUCAGAACUCUAAUUGUUAUUGAUAAUAUUAAUAACAUUAUUGUAUUUUAGGUCUCCUUCCCUCACCGGU